AACACUCGAUCUCUUUCAAGAUUUACCACAAAUCCCAGGAAUGGAAAUUAACAGAAGAUUUGGAGAAAGAACUCCAAAUGCAAGAGAUAGCCAACAAAGAUAUUUGUCUCAGCCAAAUACAUCUGGAUUUCUAAGUUUUGAAGAAAAUAAAUUUAAUGAAGAAUUUGAAUCUGAAUCUAUCUCUGAAGAAUCAGAUAUUGGAUUUCAGUAUGCAUCUGACUUAACUGGCGGGAACAUUAGCCCCUCAAAUUAUCUCCGACAACCAAGUAUACCGUUCGGAGAAGAAAUGAAGGUGUCAACUCCCCCGAGAAGAUUUAUAAAUGGUCAAUUUAAAAGAGAAAUUGCUAACAAAAAGAAAAAUUCUAUUGUAGAAAAUACAGAAGAAAGUGCGAUCUUGAGUUGAACUAUUUGCCUCUCGAAUGAACCUGAAGCCUUUAUGAUCUGUAGAUUUUGUGGUAAUAAUGCCUGUAGUCCCUGCUGGGACAGACUCUUCAGUCAAGGAUCAAAAUGAUUUUUCUGUAGAAAAAGAAUGUAUCGUCAGGAUUUGGUCAGAAAUAUCAUGAUAGACCAAAUAAGGCAAAAAGAAUACAAUAUGAAAACUAGAAAGAAACAAAAAUUAAUCAAAAAGUGUCCAGAUCACGAAACAGAAGGAAAGCUAUUUUGUGAGAAGUGUUCUUGCUUCAUUUGAACUGAUUGAAUCACUGAGUCAAUGCAUGCAGCUCAUAAAGUGUGAGACAUCGAAGAUAAACCAGACUUAAAACGCAAAGCUGUUGAAGCAAGUGAGUUCUGCAAUGAGCUUGAGAAAGGUUUAAAAUUACUUGAAAAUUCUAUUGAAAAUCACUCUAAACUAGUGGAUAUGAAUUAACAGAGGCCUUAUUUACUUCUUUUCAGGAAUUAAAGACUCAAUUUUGAAUACACUAGAAGAAAUAGAAAAAUCUCUCAAAGAGAAGCUCAAGUUAGAAACCUCCCUCAAUUCCGAAGCUAAGAACGAAUGAGAGAAAUUUAGAAAAAUCGUCAACGACGUCACAAAACUCAGUCUCAAAACCAUUGACCCCAAGAAACUCCAAAAUGUGUUCAAGAAAAAUAUCAAAGCCAGUGAUGCCUCUAUCCUGCAAUCUCUAACUAAAGGGAUGAAGCUAAACUUCACGAGUCGUUUAUUCGAAGACAAGUUCAUGCUGGCUUCAGAGUCUACGGGACAAACUAGGUUUUCAACUUAUAUGAAGAAGACUUUGAGAGAUGGUAUUUGUAAGAUUGUGUAAGUUUCAAGCGGAGAUUUAGAUGUGGG